GAAAGUCUUUUGAAUGGUACCUGGAAAUUACUGAAUGACAACACCAGGAUAUCAUUGGAAAACAGCUUAAAUUGCUGUGGGUUAUUCAACAACACUGAAUCUGCUGAGCUAUUUAAGAGCGAUGUUGACAAUUGCAGUGCGCCGUGCAGAAAAACAUCUGUAUGCUUAAAGUGUGGUGUUCUGCUGAUGGAACAUGCCGAUGAGGCUUUGAAAAUCCUUGGUGGAGUUGGACUCUUCUUCAGUUUCACAGAGAUCCUUGGAGUAUGGCUUGCAAUGCGUUACAGAAACCAGAAGGAUCCCAGAGCCAACCCCAGUGCCUUUUUAUAGUUCUUUCUCCUACCACCUUCCAGGUUUCCUUUUUAGUUAGUUACUUCUUGCUUAUUUAAGACCUCCCAU